AUGAGUACCAGCGACCCUUGUGGGAAGCUCGCGUGGGUAACAUCCUUGUGCGCAGCUCCCGUUCGUCGAGACUCGCCAACACCCAGACUUGACAUUGGGGUAUACGGCACGGCAAUCAAGACACAUCACGAUCGUAUGGGUGCUGGCCAGCGGCGGCCUCUGCGCUAUACUUACCCAUACGUUAUGUAUCAGCAACACGCACCCCCCUCUAUGGUGGCGUUCGAACCUCUCGCUAUGUUCACAGCCCCUACCAUGACGGAUCCUCCAGGUGACGAGCGCAGCGCCGCGACGACCGGCCAUUCGUUCCUUCAUUUAGAGCCUGGUGCCUGCCCCACUCGUCCUCGUAUGCUCAUCGAGCGUCAUCGCAAUGACUGGUACACCCUCGCACACGGUAGUCGACCCGUGAACGGCCCUUCCCUAAGGAUCUUUCCCGGCAUUCCUGCUGCGUUCGCAUGA